AUGAAUAAUUAUAAAUUAUAAAAAGUCUUAUUCAAGAAAGUCAAUAAAGGUGUAAUAGUUGAAGAACAUUUACUUGUUAAAUCAUUGAUAGAUAAACAAUGUUAUGUCUUAAAAAGAACAGAUAUUAGUAAAAUUAAUGCAGAAAGAUUGAAGGAAAUUGAAAAUCAUCUCAAACAAUUAAUCAAUCUCAAUCAUCCAAGCUUAACUAAAAUUAAGGAAUACUUCAUUGAAUCAUAAUAUCUUGUUCAAGUUUUAGAAUAUUGUGGAGGUAGUGAAUCUUAAUAAUUUAGAAUAAAUAUUAAAUGAAAGACUAAAUAAAUAAGUCUCUGUUAAUUUAGUAUGCCAAUAUUUGCUUUAAUUACUAUUUGCAUUAAAUUACUUAGAAAUGCAAUAGAUUAAUGUAUCAUUAGAUUUAGACACAAUCUUUUUGAAUUCUUUUGGAUCACUCAGAAUAUAAUUUGAUUUACUUUCCCAUAAAAAUUGGAAAGAAGAAGUCAAAUAUUUAUAAUAAGUCUUAAAAAAAACUAAUUUGGAUUGGGAAUCAUAAAAAUCACAUGAAUUAUCUUAAAUUCUUAAAUCACUUAUGUAACCUAAUCCACCAAGUGUUUAAUAAAUGAUUAAUCAUCCUUAUUUAUUAAAAGCCAUGUUUGAUUUUUGUAAAUAAUAAGAUUUAGAAGCUUAAGCAUAAUAAAAUUAAGAAAAAUUAAUUAAAGAGUAAACCAAUAAUAAAAGAGUUGGAAGAGCAUCCACUUCAGUUAAUUAAAAUAGAUAAAAAAUAACAUAGCAAUCACCUGUUUAAAGGAAAAAUUCAAAAGAUAGACCAUAAACCAAUUAAUAACAUAAAAAGAAGCCUGAAUAAUAAUAGAUUAAAUAAUAACCUAAUAAAAAUUAAAUACCUCCAAGACCUCUUAGAUAAAGAAAUAACUCUUAAGAUACUGUUACUAGUGAAUCUAUUCUAAAUUAAGAUUUAUUGAUGACUAAAGGUAAAGAAGAAUUAUAAGAAUUAUUAAAACUCUAUAAAGAUUAGCUUAAAGAAAGUAGUAAAUAGUAUAACCCUUGGUUAAAUAUGUCUGAGAUUAAAGAAAUAACUGAAUACGAUACAACUACUAAUCUAAAUCAAUAAUAAUCAUGA